CCAUAGCCGAUUCACCUGGUGGAAUUCCCCUCUCGGUCCAGUCGUGUUUCCACCCCAAAAAAGGAUCUCGGGCGACACGGACAGUCUCACGUAAUAGCCUCCAACCGCCAAGAACCGCUAGCCCUGAGCACGGUGGGCAGCCAUGACUGCAAGCACAGGUAAGCGGGCCUAUCGCGCAUGCAGCAGGUGCCGCAGCCGCAAGACGAAAUGUGACUUAGACAGUUUUGGGCAGCCCAAGGCCCCGCCGUGUCUCUCGUGCCACCAGUCAGGCAGCCUCUGCGUGCUCGUUGAGUCUCGGCGAGGAGGGUAUUACAGACCUCGUCAAGGCAUCCGAAGGCCGAAGGAGACUCGUGGGGACGCGACCCUAGCUCGCGAGAGUCACCAGGUCAAUGAAUCUGGCAACAGGGCUACGUCUGCUCGACCCUCUGAAGGUGAUGAGGGCGAGUCAACAUCUCAUGGCUCUGAAGAUGAGCUUGAGACGGAACUUAGAAAUCCCUCAGAUGCGCUACACAUCUUGACUAGAUCACACAUCGAAGGAAAUAGCAAACUACCAACGUCCUCGGCGAGCGAGGCACAACUUUCUCCUGCACGAGUCGUUGAUGCCAUGCAGCAGCCCAGCCCGUCGUCAGGGAGCUCGCCUGGUCAGAGACAGCAUGCACGAGGCCUUGCUGGGAGCUCCAUCAGAGACCUCGAGCUUAUCAAAGGGGGCCUCUUGCCACUCGACAAUGUCAAAGAACUUCUGAGCCUGUUCGCUCGACAAUACCAUCCAUUCUGUCCCAUCGUACCUGCGGCGAUACUUGAAAAGGUUGAGGAUGAACCCUUGUGCAAAGCUGAUCAUUUCCUCCUGACGGUUAUACUGGCAAUUGCCUCGAGGGAUCAGCCCGAGUACUCGCUGACGCAUCGUCGCUGCUGGGAGUACACGAGCCGUCUGUUGCUGGACGUGCUUUUAGCGCGGCCGUGGACGCAGAACGUCGAAGUCGUUCGCGGGCUUCUGCUGCUCGCAGAAUGGCUACCGCAUAUCCAUACGCACGAGACCAGCUCCAGCGAGGCCGACACGCUGUUUGCGGACAGUCAGACCGCGUGGUCCAUCAUCGGCAUGGCGAUAAGACACGCAUAUCUGAUCCGGCUGGAUCUGGCGGCGUUCCGAAAGCACACUCUGCGUCUCUCGAAACAUGGGCCAGACCAGGAGCGGCUUAUUUGGGCUAGUAUAUACAUUGCCGACCGUCAGAUCUCUGUGCGUCUCGGUCAGUCAUUCUGGUCCCGCGGGCCGUCCCUCUCGUCAAGGUUUACGGCCGAGGACUUUCCUAGUCUCGGGCAGUCGCCAGGCAACGACGUGCACCACUACGCGCGCGUGUUCCACGCCACCCUCGACAUCACGCAGAUUCUCCACAACGUCCAAGGUACCCUGUAUUCCUCCCAGAGGCGGACCUUAGCACUAGCUCUUGCGGGAGAUUACCCUCGUUAUCUCGACGACUACGAGAACGCAGCAACGGCGUGGUACGAGAGGUGGAACGACGCCCUCGCACAAAGUCGCGUCAAGUUCUCACUGCUUCUGAUGUACGAGUACCUCAACUUGUUUGUCAACGCCUUCUCGUUCCAAGCCGUGUUGACUAGGCUGGCACACGCCCGCCGGACGAAUGGAGAAGAGCAUCGCAGCAGCCGCUUGCCGCAUGGGCCGUUCCACUCGGGCCUCAUGGCAUCGCCGGAUGGUCUCUACGUCUACAACGCUAUUCGCGCCGCUACCAAAGUCCUCAAGAUUAUGACAGAAUUGGAUCCCAGCAGUCAGCUCCGCUUCCUGCCUUCUAGGUUCUACCUAUACGGAGUCCAUGCGGCAGUCUUCUUGUACCAGGCUCUCUCACUAGGCGCCAUAUUGGCAGCAGAUCAGAAACAAGAAGUUUCGGACCUGUUCCAGAACUUCGCUGCACUGCUGAACGCAACCGGGUCAGCCACCUCAGACAGCGGUCCCAAGUAUAGCGAGAUGUUACACGAGCUGUGGGAGAGACGUGCGAGGCGAUCUCCGCGGCACGAUCGAGCCGCCUCCAGGACGUCUGACGCGCCGGCCUCUUCCAGGGCCCGACCCCAGCUUGGGCGGCCGGAUCAUGAAGGUCAAGACGAGCGUGGCAGUCCCACCAACGACCUGGCAACACAUACGAUGGGAGUGACACCUGCCUGGCCGGAUUCAGCACAACAACGAGAACACCAGCAACAAAACUCUGAGGAAUGGCAGUCUUGGUCUACGGACGCUCAGCUGUUUGGGCCGUUCAUGCCGAACCUACCCCUUUUUGGCGAGGGCGCGUUUGGCGGCAACAGCUCGGGGAGCCCGUCUUUCGUGCUGCCUUCCUUCAUGUCCACUGAGAAUUAUCUAGCCGGCACGGAUACUGAUAUCCCAGUCUCGCUGGGCUUCUAGUUCGCAUUUCCCGGGGUCCACUUUUAUCAUGGCUGAUACCGUGGCGCUGAUUCCAACCUCGCCACUGCCGGUACCAGGGCCGGUGCCGAACGGUUUAUGCCAUGUUCGUGUCAACCCCAAUGUUGCUGGCAUACAAGCCAAAGCGAAAAGAGCAUAUUAGAGCGCUUUUCCUGUCCUAAAGAUGAGGCAGAUCCUGCAGAACUAAUCCGUCUGCGCCUUAAUCACAGACCGAUC